AGCACUGUCGCAGGCGAGUAAAAGGCGUAAUACACAACAACAACAACAAAAAAGCGCAUAUGUAAAGGAUCUUUCUUUUCAGACUUCUUUCAAUCUCUAAUAGUCACCAGUGAUUCGUGAUUUUGGUUUGGGUGGAUUUUGUAACUGCGGUGAUCUCAGAAAUGGGCGAUGGGGAAGAGAUGAAGCUUGCUGAUGGUGAUAGAACUAGUGAUGGGGAAGUAGAGAAAAGGGAGUUGGUGGGAUCUGAUCAAGUGAUGGAUAUUGAAGAAGAGGUCUUCGAGGAAGCAAUUGGUUCGCAGGAGGGACUAAAACCUGAACCUUUCGGAGCCGAUGAGGAUUUGCCAUUAGAGGCAGCAUGUAGUAGCAAUGAGAGAGGAGUACAAGAUUUAGAGGUUAGUUAUACGGUGGUGGGAGAGAGCCAUAGCGAGGUUGACGUGCAACAUCUAAUUACGAAGGAUGCUGAAUCUGAUUUGGUGACUUCCAAAAUGAAUGAUGAUCAGGGGGGGACAGGUGCAGAAAUUUCUUUUGGUAAAAUCGAAUCAAGCUUGGAUGUGGUUGAGAAGAGUGAUGAAGCUACUUCCAAUGUUUCCAGUUUAGCGGCUGAGGCUGUAACUUUACAAAACGGGAACAUACAUUCUUUUUCGGAAAACACAAUUGUGGUUCCUGAUAAUAAAGAACUGGUGGCUGAAGUUAUCUCAGUAAAUUCCUGCUCCGAGGAAACAGGGGAUGAUGGUAUUAAAAAAUAUGGCAUGGGAACAGAACAAGAGAUUGAGGAAGGUGAAGGAACACAUAAGAAUUGCUUUCAGAAGGGUUUCGUAUGUAUAGAAAAUGAUGAGACUGGUGCCGACUACAAUGGUGUUAAAAAGACUUCAGGUGACGAAUCCUUGAAUGAUUGUAUUGAAGUAGCAACUGCGAUCCUAUCUCCUUUGGAAAAAUCUAGCUCCGAGGAAAAGAUAAAGACUGAAGAUCACAGCAGUAGUGGCUUCCCUGGGGAAACUUUUAGAGAACAGGAGACUUUUCACAAUAUGAAUGGAGUACAUGAUGUUCAGCAGAGUACUCAAUCUAAGGAAAUUGAAAAGCAGCAAGACAGCAGAGUAAAUGUAGGUCCAGAGAUGAAGGAAAGCCAACAUGUGGAUAGAGAAUCUGAGGUAUUAAGUUCUGUUUCACCAGCAGAGGCUAGAAGUAAUACUGCAGCAUUACCACCGGCUCGCCCAGCAGGUCUUGGUCAUGCUGCUCCUCUUUUGGAACCGGCACCACGUGUUCCACAACAGCCUCGUGUCAACGGAAAUGUGUAUCAGAAUCAGCCUCAGCAAGCUGAAGACUCUACCACUGCAGAGACAGAUGAGCAUGAUGAGACGCGUGAGAAGCUCCAGUUGAUCAGGGUCAAAUUUUUGAGGCUUGCACAUAGAUUAGGGCAAACUCCACAUAAUGUUAUUGUUGCUCAGGUUUUGUACAGGCUUGGAUUGGCUGAACAGUUGAGGGGAAGAAACGGAAGCCGUGUUGGUGCCUUUAGUUUUGAUCGUGCCAGUGCCAUGGCAGAACAGCUCGAAGUAGCUGGACAGGAUCCCCUUGAUUUCUCUUGUACGAUUAUGGUGCUCGGUAAAAGUGGGGUUGGUAAAAGUGCAACUAUCAAUUCUAUUUUCGAUGAACUGAAAAUUAGUACUGAUGCAUUCCAGAUGGGGACAAAGAGGGUUCAGAAUGUUGAGGGUUUUGUUCAGGGAAUUAAGGUACGGGUAAUUGACACCCCUGGUCUCUUACCAUCCUGGUCAGAUCAACACAAGAAUGAGAAGAUCCUGAAGUCUGUCAGGGCAUUCAUCAAGAAAAACCCGCCUGACAUUGUAUUAUAUCUUGAUAGAUUGGAUAUGCAAAGCAGAGAUUCUGGUGACAUGCCUCUCUUGCGCACCAUCACUGAUGUUUUUGGACCAUCAAUAUGGUUUAAUGCCAUUGUGGGUUUGACUCAUGCCGCUUCGGCUCCACCAGAUGGCCCAAAUGGUACUGCUUCUAGCUAUGAAAUGUUUGUUACACAACGUUCUCAUGUCAUCCAGCAGGCCAUUCGCCAAGCAGCUGGAGAUAUGAGGCUCAUGAAUCCUGUUUCUUUAGUUGAGAACCACUCUGCUUGCAGGACCAAUCGGGCAGGCCAGAGAGUAUUACCUAAUGGCCAAGUGUGGAAACCUCAUUUGCUAUUACUCUCAUUUGCCUCCAAGAUUCUAGCCGAAGCAAAUGCUCUUCUGAAAUUACAAGAUAAUAUUCCAGGGGGACAAUUUGCAGCUCGGUCCAAGGCUCCUCCAUUACCAGUUCUCCUCUCAUCGCUUCUGCAAUCAAGACCACAAGCUAAGCUUCCUGAGGAGCAGUACGAUGAUGAAGAAGAUGAAGAUGAUUUGGACGAAUCAACAGAUUCUGACGAAGAACCAGAGUAUGAUGACCUUCCUCCAUUUAAGUGGUUGACUAAAGCCGAGAUGGCUAAACUUAGCAAAUCCCAGAAGAAGGAAUAUCUCGAUGAGAUGGAUUACCGGGAGAAAUUAUUUAUGAAGAGGCAGAUGAAAGAGGAAAGAAAGAGACGUAAGUUGUUAAAGAAAUUUGCUGCUGAGAUUAAAGAUAUGCCUAACAGGUAUAGUGAAAAUGUGGAAGAGGAGAGAAGUGAACCUGCAUCUGUUCCAGUUCCCAUGCCAGAUAUAUCUCUACCUGCAUCGUUUGACUCUGACAAUCCUACUCACCGGUACCGGUACCUUGAUUCCUCCAAUCAAUGGCUUGUUAGGCCAGUCCUGGAAACUCAUGGGUGGGAUCAUGAUAUUGGUUAUGAAGGUGUGAAUGCGGAACGACUUUUUGUUGUUAAAGAAAAAAUACCGAUAUCUUUCUCUGGUCAAGUGACAAAGGACAAGAAGGAUGCAAAUGUGCAGGUGGAAUUGGCCAGCUCGGUUAAACAUGGAGAGGGUAGAUCAACUUCCUUAAGUUUGGACAUGCAAAAUGCAGGGAAGGACUUGGCGUACACUGUUCGAAGUGAAACUAGAUUUAACAAUUUUAGGAAAAACAAAGCGGCAGCUGGUCUCUCUGUAACGCUCUUGGGUGAUUCGGUGUCUGCAGGGCUGAAAGUAGAAGAUAAGUUGAUUGCUAAUAAACGGUUCAGAAUGGUUAUGUCUGGUGGGGCAAUGACUAGUCGAGGAGAUGUUGCCUAUGGUGGUAGUUUAGAAGCUCAGUUUAGAGAUAAAGAUUAUCCGCUUGGUCGGUUUUUGUCAACUCUUGGACUUUCUGUGAUGGAUUGGCAUGGCGAUCUUGCUAUCGGAGGGAAUGUACAGUCCCAAGUGCCCAUCGGACGUUCCUCUAAUUUAAUUGCUCGUGCUAAUUUGAAUAACAGAGGGGCAGGGCAAGUAAGCGUCCGCGUAAACAGCUCUGAGCAGCUCCAACUUGCUAUGGUAGCACUUGUUCCUCUGUUCAAGAAGCUUCUUAGUUAUUAUUCCCCAGAGAAAAUGCAAUAUUGACAAUGAUUAAUAACAUUUAAGGUUUUGAUUGAAAAGGAGGAACAUGGUGUGUCCUUGGGUUGAAAGUUGAAGAUCAAAUUGCUGUUUCUUGAAAUAGCAAGAACGCAUUCAUUCCAUGUCUCCGGUAUAAUAGUUCAGUAGUGGUUUCUUUUAUUUCUCAAACCUUGUCUAUGGUAGAAUAAAACAUACCUAUUUUUGUUCAUGUACUAAUUAGUAAUAAAGCUUUGUUGAAAGUAUGCAAAUUUAAGAAGAUGGUAAUUAACAAAUUUUUCUUGAAACAUGUUAAUGAGGAGAUUAGAGUUCAGAA